CUUCCGCCUCUCCUCUCUUAACCACCGGUACGCCGCCGCCGCCGACGACCACGACGACGACGAGCAGAGGUUGGAGGAGGAAGAUGGCGCGACUGGAUCCGCACUCCUACACUGACUCCUCGCACCCGCUGGCGAAACACGUGGCGCUCACCCUCUACUUCGAUUUCGCCGCUAACACGAUCCAUGGCUCCGCCUUACUCACCCUCCCCUCCGCCCACACCGGCCAUCUCCUCCUGGAUACCCGCUCGCUCCUUGUCCAUUCCGUCAUCGAUCCCGUUUCCGGCGCCCCUAUCCCCUUUUCCUUCCCUUCGUCCGACGACCCCGUCUUCGGCCGGCCCCUCUCCCUUUCCCUCUCCGCCCAAUCGGCCGCCCUCAUCGUCUUCUGUACCUCCCCUUCCUCCUCCGCGCUCCAGUGGCUCUCCCCCGCCCAGACCGCUUCCAAGGCUUACCCCUUCGUCUACACUCAGUGCCAGUCCAUCCACGCCCGCUCCAUCUUCCCUUGCCAGGACACCCCUGCCGCCCGCCUCACCUUCUCUGCUCGCCUCAAUCUCCCCAGUCCCCUCACCGCCGUCAUGGCAGCGGCACGUGCUGCUGACACCCGCGAUCCGAUCGCUGGUGAGGCCGGUCCCGCCUGUUCCGACGCCCUCUGGUGUUCUCCCGGCCGCGCCGUGGAGGAGUUCGUGAUGGAUCGCCCCAUCCCAACCUACCUUUUCGCCUUUGCGGCUGGGUGCAUCGCCUCCCGCGACGUCGGGCCCCGCACUCGCGUCCAUGCCGAGGGUGGUCUGGUGCUUCUCGAUGCCGCUGCCAGGGAGUUCGCCGGCGCUGAGGACAUGAUCCGAGCUGGGGAGGCGCUUUUCGGGCCUUAUGAGUGGGGUCGCUUCGACCUCCUCGUACUCCCCCCUAGUUUCCCCUACGGUGGCAUGGAGAACCCCAUGAUGGUCUUUUUGACACCCACUGUCAUCAAGGGGGACGCCUCCGGCGCUCAGGUGGUCGCCCAUGAGCUCGCCCACAGCUGGACUGGCAACCUAAUCACCAACAAGACCAACGAGCACUUCUGGCUCAAUGAGGGAUUUACAACAUAUGCUGAAAGGAGGAUUGUAGAGGUGGUUCAAGGGGAGGAACGGGCAGUUCUGAACACAGGCAUUGGCUGGAAGGGAUUGAAUGAAGAAAUGGAAAGGUUUGCAGACAACAUGGAGUUCACUAAGCUGAAGCCCAACCUUGAAGGAAUCGAUCCUGAUGAAGUCUACUCCCAAGUUCCAUAUGAGAAAGGUUUCCAGUUCCUCUGGCGUAUCGAACGGCAGAUUGGCCGUCUCGCUUUCGAUGUAUUUGUGAAGAAAUAUAUAGCUACAUUUAAGUUCCAAUCUAUCGAUACAGAGACAUUUCUUGAAUUUCUAAAGGUGAAUGUUCCUGGUAUAGAAAAUCAGAUUGACUUGAAGCUGUGGGUGGAGGGUACAGGGAUCCCCCCAGAUGCUAUGGAGCCAGUGUCUACAAUCUACUCAAAAAUUGUGUCCUUGGCCAAUGAGUUUAAGCAAGGUAAAAUUCCGAAAGAAGAAGAAGUCGCAGACUGGAGCGGGCAAGAGUGGGAACUAUAUAUUGAAAAUCUGCCCAAGUCUGUUGAAGCAUCUCAGGUUGCUUCCUUAGACGCACGCUAUCAGCUAGCCGAAUCCAGGGACUAUGAGGUCAAAGUUGCGUUCCUUCAGCUGGCGGUGUCAUCGGGCUGCAAGGAGUACCAUGGCGAGGUGGAGAGCACCCUAAAGCAAGUGGGAAGGAUGAAGUAUCUACGCCCCCUAUACACUGCAUUAGUUCAUGGCACUGGGGACGAAGAAAAGAUGUUGGCUAGAAGAAUUUUUGCCGAGGCACGAGACUCGUAUCAUCCAAUAGCUCAAGGUGUGGUGCAAUCCAUUUUGGCUAAGCACAGCUAACGAAAGAUUGAAAGUAGAAAUAUCCAAUUGACUUGACUAAACUGCUAAACCUAAUUCAACUUGAUUAGGGAUGGUACUUAAUGUUCCUCCUAUAUCUUUCAGAACUCAAGGGCUUGAGUACACUGCUGCCCUAACAAGCUCACCGACUUGCUUAAGUUAUGAAUGUUCUAACUUUUAUGCAUUUCAACAUGUUGAUGGUAUCCUAUACACUUUUAUGUAUUUUAAUAUGCUGAUGCUAUCUACAUUCUGAGUUUA